CCUACACAUUAGCUUGACGGUCGACAGGGAUCUUGUCUUCUGGUGUUUUGGUCCAGUCGACCCCACUCACGAAAAUGACAGCGAGGAAGUCUGGAUCACGACUGGAGACCGAGAUAGAGCGAUGUCGUUCCGAGGGCCAAUGGGACAAGAUACCGGAGUUAGUACGACAGCUCUCGGCCAAACUAAUAUCAAACGAUGACCUAGGGGAGCUGUUGCUGGGAGAAUGUAAGCUUCAGACUUACCUGAAGGAGAAUCCCAUCAAACAGGGAGCCAGUCCCAGGGGCCCCCGACCCAAACUGGUGGAGGUCAGGAAACACCUCACUGCUGCUCUGGACAGAGGAAACCUCAAGGCCGACUACAUCCAGGAAGCUAGCCUGCUGAUGGCUAAACUCUGCUACGUGGAAGGAGAAUACAGAGAUGCUUUAGGUCACUACAGCAGGGUGAACCUGGAUGACAUGCAGCUGGUGGGAGCUCCUGUGUAUAGACUUUCUAUGAUAGCAGAGGCCUAUGCUACUAAAGGAUUGUGUCUAGAGAAGGUCCCAGCUGCCUCUCCGUCUCUGUCCAAUAAGAACACUGGGUCUCCAUCGUCCAAUAGGGGCACAACAGAGAGAGAGCAGGAAAUCAUCACCUGCUAUGAAAAGUCAGGAGACAUUGCUCUUCUCUACCUGCAGGAAGCUGAGAAGGCGUUGUCAGCAGGAAUUCAGAACCGCAGCCCAAAGCCCGGCCCAACGGCCCAGGACCAGGAGCUGGGCUACUUCCUGGAGACAGGCCUGCAGAGAGCCCAUGUUAUCCACUUCAAAAACGGCAACCUUACACAAGGUGUGGGUCGGUUUCGGGAGAUUCUUCGGGCUGUUGAGACCAGAACUACACAGAACUUGCGCAUGACCAUAGCCAGACAGCUUGCAGAGAUCUUGCUCAGAGGAAUGUGUGAACAGAGUUACUGGUCCCCUCUGGAAGACCCGCCCACAGUGUCGCCAUUGGACGAUCCCACGCGACAAGGACACACUCACAGCAAGAACUACAGCCUAAGCCGACGCCCACGAGUGUACUCGGGGGAGAAUCUGUUUUGCCCUCAGGAGAAUACAGAAGAAGCUUUGCUGCUGCUGCUCAUCAGUGAGUCCAUGGCUAACCGUGAUGCUGUCCUGAGCAGAAUUCCUGAACACAAUAACGAUCGUAUCAUCAGCCUACAGUCUGCCUCUGUGGUGUAUGACCUGCUGACUAUAGCUCUGGGCAGGAGGGGGCAGUACGAGAUGCUGUCAGAGUGUUUGGAGAGAGCCAUGAAGUUUGCCUUUGAAGAGUUUCAUUUGUGGUACCAGCUCGCCCUGUCACUAAUGGCAGCUGGCAAAUCAGCUCGUGCUGUUAAAGUCCUUAAGGAGUGUAUUCGUCUGAAGCCUGACGACCCCACCAUCCCACUGCUGGCUGUUAAACUGUGUAUCGGACCCCUGCACUGGCUUGAUGAGGGCGAGUGCUUUGCAAAGAUGGUGAUUGACAUGGGGGAGAAAGCUGCUGAGUUCCGAGCCAAAGGCUACUUGGCCAUUGGGCUGGUCUACAGCCUUAAAGCCACCGAUGCAUCCUUGCGAAGCACACAGGAGGACUACCAGAGGAAAGCUUUGGGAGCCUUCCAGAGAGCUCAGAGUCUGUCUCCUACUGACCACCUAGCAGCCUUCUACUUGGCAUUGCAGCUUGCUGUGUCCCGACAGAUCCCAGAGGCACUAGGCUAUGUUCGACAGGCGUUGCAGCUUCAAGGGGAUGAUGUUCACUCCCUUCAUCUGCUGGCCCUGCUGCUUUCUGCUCAGAAACACUACCACGACGCCCUCAAUAUCAUAGAGAUGGCCCUGUCUGAGUACCCAGAGAACUUUAAUUUGCUGUAUACCAAGGUGAAAUUGGAGUCCAUGUGUAGAGGACCAGAGGAAGCUCUGCUCACCUGUAAACACAUGCUGCAGAUCUGGAAGAGCUUUUACAACCUUACCAACCCCAGUGAUUCAGGGCGUGGCAGCAGUCUGUUGGAUAGAGCCAUUGCAGACAGACGACAGCUCAACGCCAUGACUCUGCCUGACUUCAGUGACCCUGAGACCGCCUCAGUUUCUUCCUCUUCUCACUCUGGUUCUGAAAUGGUCUCCCCCACCUCCCCAUCCACCAUUUCCAGCCUCUCAUCCCCACUGUCCUCCCCUUCCUCCCCUGUCUUCAUCUUCCAGCCUCCUCCUCUCCCGGCACCCAAAAACCCAUCCUUCCUCCCCCCUCUUCUUCCCUAUCUCCCUCCUCCUCCUCUUCCACCUGCACCCACCAAGACAAGGACUCACUCCUUUUGCAACCACGUCUCUCUCCGCCGGCUCUCCUCCAGCUGUUCGGUGCAUGCUACUUCCAUAGCAGCCAGUCGUGUGGAGCAGGCUCUGUCUGAGGUAGCCUCCUCCCUGCAGAGCAGCGCCCCUAAACAUGGACCCCUCCACCCCUGGAUGACCCUGGCUCAGAUCUGGCUGCAUGCAGCUGAGGUAUACAUCAGCAUGUCAAAACCUGCAGAGGCCUCAGCCUGCACACAGGAAGCCUCCAACCUCUUCCCCACAUCCCAUAACGUGCUGUACAUGAGGGGGCAGAUAGCCGAGCUGAGGGGCAACAUAGAUGAAGCAAAACGCUGGUAUGAAGAGGCCCUGUCCAUCAACCCCACACAUGUCAAGACCAUGCAGAGACUGGGUCUGAUUCUUCACCAGCUGCAGCGCUACAGUCUGUCUGAAAAAGUCCUGAGGGAUGCUGUGCAGGUCAACAGUACGGCUCAUGAUGUGUGGAACAGUCUGGGUGAGGUGUUGCAGGCUCAGGGAAACGCUGCAGCUGCCACAGAGUGUUUCCUCACCGCCCUGGAGCUGGAGGCCAGCAGCCCCAUUCUGCCCUUCACCAUCAUACCUAGAGCACUAUGAGACACACACACACACACAUUUAUAGCCUCACUACUGUAGCACAGUGGCACAAACAAUGGACCUGCAAGCUGCACUCACCCCAUACACACACAGCAUGCCUGCAUGCCACUUACACACACCUGCACAAGGUUUUACUGCCAUACCCUCAGAUAUACACACUGUAUAGAAAUGCAAAUAGUACAUAUAAAUAUCCAUACACGCUUCACCCUCCCUACCUACCCUUCCCACAAUGCCUUGCUGUGGCUGUGACCCUUGACUGCGUGAGUGUGCGUGUCGCUGCUUGUUUAUGUCCAUCUGCACUUUUCGUGUGCCUGUUUGUGUCUGUGCAUGUACAUCCAUGUCUGUGUAUGUGUGCCAACAUGAUGCCUGUGCAUAUUUGUGUCUGGUUGUAUGUGAUUUGUAGUAUGCUGUGUGUGUUUGUUGUUUUUGUCCUGUUCAAAGAUGUAAAUACGUUUUGGCUUAAGUCAUUACGCCGGCAUUAGCAUUCAGAAGCCUAAAAGUUUACAUUUUGUUUACAUGUUGUUAAGUACCAAAACACACACACACAAUUUCAUUGUCCUUUCACACUGAGGGUAAAUCUAGCAAAAUGACAAACAUGGAUUAUGGGUAGGUAAACAGUUAUAUGACUCAGGACAACCAGAUCUUUGAGAAUCUACUGAAGCAUAGACAGACAUGAUCAACAGAUCACUGAAGAAUCAAUCGAUCAGUAAAGUCUAAAUGCCAAAACACAGGCUGCAUUUACACAUGGAAGAGAUCAGAUUAUAUCAGCAGGUGUUCGAGGAAUGGCUCUUUUUAUGGAGUUUUAAAUUGAAGCACAUGUAAGCUCAUGUGUACCGCCUUUAUAUGUCCUGUUGUUUAACCAUAUUUUCAUGACAUUCUGGGAUUUUACUAAUUUUUUUAGUAUGUAUAGUAUGACUCAAUUUCCCCAUGGGAAUCAUUGAAAUUAAAGGAAUAGACAAACACUUUUUUGCUCUCUUGCCGAGAGGAAGAUGAGAAAAUCAGUAGCACUUGCGUGACGGUGCAGUAAAUAUGAAGCUAGAGCCAGAGGCUGUUAGCUUAGCUUAGCCAAAAGGUAAACAAAAUGCUCCUACUUGCAUCUGUACAGCUGUUACUAAUGUUACUCCUUGUUUAAUUUGUACACAAUACUGUAAAAACAGCAACAUACAGAUUGUGGGUCUGUGCGCCCCAUUUUUCAUGUAUGCCAGCUAAUCGUAAGCUAAGCUAAACUAACCAGCUGCUAGUGUUAGCAUCAUAUUCAGUGUGAGUGUGAGUGUUGUCAUCGAGCUCAGCAAGAGGCCAAAAUAAACCUGUUUCUCAAAAUGUCUAAGUAUUGUUGUAAAAUAAAUUCCAUUUCCAUAGUAAUAACUUUUUAAUGCUUGCGAUCUGUUUUGGAAAAGCUGACCUGGCCUGAGCAGGUGUAAUAACAAUAGCAAUUAUAAAUGGGAGAAAUCUAUUACACAUACUUUGUCAUAAAUCGGAUUUUCUGUUGUGUGUAAAUGCAACCACAGUGAUUGUGUUGUCUUUGUGCCCCGUCACAGUCAUGUUAAAUACAACAAGAUGAAUAUAGUUUUUUUUUUCCAUUUGAUUUUUGAUUAUAAAUACAAAGAGUUAUUGUUGUAUAUUUGAUUGUAAGUGUAAUAUUGUUAUUAUUUUAGAAAGUAAAUUAUAGUUCUAUUUUCUGGAGAGUGAUGUUACUGAGAUGCUGUUGGAGGAAUGAAAGGAUGAAGUGGUUGAGUUUGUUGAUAUGAGCUCUGUCAGUCAGUCCUUUGUGCUGUAAGUGAGUGACUGAAAUUAGGAUGAUAAUGAUGACUAAGAUAAUAAAAGUAGUUAAAAACA